GCGCCGGCUCCAGUGUUCGGAAUAGUUUCUUCCAAACGCUGAACAGCGGAGUACCCCUUUAAAUAGAAGUCAUUAUAGUGAUAUGAACAGAACCCUAGACUAAUAUGUGAGGAGAAAAUACUUCUGGAAGGCUGUUGCAUCAUGUGGAUGCUAGUAGUGAUUGGUCGGUCAUUGGUUGUAGAGAGCAAAACAAUCUGUCAACCCUUUGACCUUGAAAGGUCUUAUAAUAUCUCCAGGAACCUAGUAAAUGUGGUGUCUGAAGCCAUCCUAAAACUACAGGCUGAUCUAGAUGGAAAGUUAAACUGUUCCUACGAAACAGUGGUUAUAGAAGAUGUAACAGCAAACACAACAAAUACAGUGAAAGCAUGUCUCCCCAGCAUGAAUUCCCAGACGUGUACCUGCACACAGAUGAACAGAACAGGGGUUGAUGAGGACAAGUGCCUGGCAGCUAUCUAUUCUGACCUGAAACUCAACAUGAAACGACUGCAGGGCUUGAAUCCAACUCUUGACAAAACAGUUCGGGGCAUGAUGCAGGCUUUAAAAGUACACAAUGAAGAUAAGGACCAUGAGGAGAAAGCAUUCAAUGACAAAUCUGAUCGUCUGUUUAAGCAGUGCACUGCAAUGCUCUAUUUUCAAUUACGUGCCACAACUAUAUCCAGAGUUUUAAGACAGAUGAUGAACGAAGGUUCAAUGCACCAGAAAGCAAUGAAACAUUAAGUUUUAUUCAAAAUUUACACCACUGGGUUAACACUGACAUGAAGAUUUAGCUAACACAGAAUGCGCUGUAUAGUUGGCUGAACAAACAAACCCCCAGCUGCUUUGUUACUGCAUCACGUCAAUGCAGUCAGGAUAGCACACAUGCACCCAUACAAACAUAAAAGUUAAAAAUUUUAAAAAAUAUUAACAUAUAUAUAUAUAUAUAUAUAUAUAUAUAUAUAUAUAUAUGUGAUUUAUUUAUGUAAUUCUAAAUCAAUUGACGGUAUGUUGGCAGUACAGAAAUUUAAGCUAUUGAUAUUGACUUACUUGAAAACAACUUACACUUUGACAUUUAUGACACCUAUUUAUGUUAUUUAUUGUUAUUUAUUAUUUCUAUUUAUUUUGAGCUAUUUAUUAUGUUCUACUUGUUGAAUAAUUUAUCAUAUCAUGUAGUUUUAACUAUAUAUUCUGAUUCUCAUUAUUACUAUACCGAGAUUUCAAUAAAUAAA